AUGGAGGCUUACACGAAGCUAAGCAACGUUAAGAUAAUAGUGUUAGCUGUUGUGAUGUUUGGCGCCAUUGGCGAGGUGUGCCAUGCCCAAUCCGUUUGCAACAUGUCGAGGGAGGCGCUGAUGUCCUGCCGGCCGGCGGUAACCCCGCCGAAUCCCCCGCCGCCUUCCGCCGCGUGCUGCACCGCCAUUUCUCACGCCGACAUUGGCUGUCUCUGCUCCUACAAGAACUCCUCCUGGCUGCCUUCCCUCGGCGUCGACCCCAACCUCGCCAUGACCCUGCCCAAGAAGUGCAAACUCUCCACCGCCACUUCUUGCUAG